CAAGUCUCAACUUCAAUGUUUUCGCUGCUCCUGGAAGAAGUCAUGUGACUACAGUGGUAAACUCUAUGGCAGAUUACACAACAGUGAUGGAGUACGAGAAGGGUAACAGAAGUACACAAGAUGUGAAAGUUACCGAUUGGCAAUUAAGUAACGAAACUCGUGUACAGGCUGAUGCACAACAGGACAUGAAGAUGCUAAUGCAGUUCUCACAUCAGUUGAAAUUCACAGCUCACCUUGGUCUGUUCAUGGAUAAGAUGUACCCACUUCACACCUUUCCGGUAGAGAUCAGUUCUAACCCUAAUGUUGAAGUAGAAUCUAAAGCCGCUGGGCCGGUUCGCUCCACAAAGAUCACAUCAAAGCUUUCUGCAUCAGUAUUAACCACAUUGGUUACUCCGCAACACGACGAUAACUCUACAGAAACUAACAUAGAACAACAAAAAAUAGAAUCUCAAGAAGUGACAAUCGGUGAACAAAUGUUGUUACAUUUGGAAACAGCAGAAUGUCAUCACAAUGGUAAAACUGAAACUGACCAAUCAUUGAAGAUGACAGAUAUAUGUGCUGCCACCUAUAGCAGAAAUACCAACAAGAAAAGUAAUUUAAAAAAUCUGCUUUACCUUCUUGGAGAUGACAUUGUCUUCAUGUCAGAACUAACAAAUGGAACUUGGUGCCAACAACAAGGAAGAAAGUGUCAGGAUUGUUUCAAACAUUCAGUGAAGAAUUCCAAGACAAACCAAUGUCCUGAUAGAAUGGUGACACCAAGAUUGGCUUUGCAACUCUCAAAACUUGUCCUCAUGUCCAGGCUUACCUGGCCAAACAGAAAGCUGAUUGUUCUGAAAUCCUGGACUGAAGCUCCACCAGCAAAUCCCCCUCAGUUACCAAAUAAUAAAAAGGAUUCUUUGUUCUAUGGUGAAGCCAGAGCAAUACAGAUUGGAAUAAGUAAACCCAUUGAUGCUAACAAUCCAAACAAGGGGUUGUCGCUGGAUAAAAGCCCCACCACACUCGAUGUGUUGGGAAAACUCGCCCUCUGUGCCGACUUCCAAUAUGUCCGACAAGUGAAAACUGAUGCUUACUUAGAACUGGCCGUUUGUAUGGAGGAACCCCCAGAAAAAUCUGAUUCCAGUUCAGAGACUGAGGAGGAAAUAUCGGACAAGAAAAUGUUUAUGACUUCAAUGAAUGCCACAAGCUCUGAUAUCAGUAUGUGUGAUGACCUGUUGAACAAGCCGUUCCGUGUUGGAUUCACAUUCCCAGAAAAUAUGACAGCAGAUGAAGUGUGUGGCCCUGUUGAUGUUGCAAAUGACCGAACCAACACCAAAGACUAUUCCAGUUUAUACGUGUACCCUUUUAACGAUAUCGAGUUUGAGUCAGAGGGACCGUCAAAGAAUUGGUGUGGAAACACUCUAAGAUGUUGCAGAGACGAUUGCAGUCGAGCAAGUGCAACAGAUGAACCUUGGGAAUGGUGCAAUAGACGUGUUAUGAGUCGACGUCUGGCAAGUCGUCUGCGAGAGUUAUCUCGUUUAAUGAACAUUUGGCUGCAAGCAAAGAAACCAGCUCUAAAAACAGUUAUUAAAGUCCUAAUGAGUCAUAAAGAAGCUUCGGAAUACAAGCCCAAACCUGACCAAUUUCAUCCCUUGUACACAGAAGGCAGAGGAUUACGGCUCACAACAACAGCAAACCCGGGAUUAUACCUCCAGCAACUUUCUUUAUUGGCCAUAUGUGCCAGUUUUGACUAUGUCUCCUAUAGUAGCCAUUCAUUCAUUGAAGUAUUUGUUAAGAAACAAGCUGGCUGGGUAGCAAACGAGGUGGAUUUUCUCAGCCAGAGUUUACUAGUGGUUCAACCACCAUUUUCUCAGUCACAAGAAUAUGAUUAUCCAAGACCUCUCCAGUCAGAAUCUGGGGCAAGUAUGUUAUUUGAUGGGUCAAACAAGAUGACAAACCUCUCUCCGAAUUUCAAAAUAAAAGACUUUCUCUUUUCCAAUGUGCGUUAUUUCCGACUUGAUCCACAGAUUUUGACAUGUUUAGAAAGAGUUAAGGAAGCUUUCCCAGAGAAAUUCCACAUCACACCUAAUGGUGCUUAUCGUUCAUCAACAGCCAAUCUCCUCAACCUAAAUCACCGCCAUAUUGAAGAACUUCACCGAUUCCAGGCAGGAAAAGCAGUUGAAUUGACAACAAAAGACAAAGAUUCAAACCAUCUUUUACUUCUGGCAGAAACAGUCAUCCGACAAUGCAGUCCGUCGUUACGGGCAGUUGAUUGGUCUCUCGGAAUUGGACUUCACAGCAGCUCCAUCUAUGUGGAUCUGAGGCCACAAAAUGGAAAACAUUUCAUAAAAAUAUGGAAUGCUGGAGGAAACAAUGAAACUUUUAGACAGCUCAAGAAAUUUUCUGAUGCUGCGCACACAGGUGGUUCUUUGAUAUCAUCGACUGACCUGGAAGAAGCUUGCAAGAAACCCAUUCUGGGGGAAGAUUUUUAUUACCUUUCUCUCUACUCAGAAGGAACUGAUUUCUGCACCAACAACAAUGUCAAAGAGCAAGACGUGUGUAAAUCUACACAGGCUCAACGUGAAAAAGAAACCUCAACAUUUAUAGAACGGCUGAUCUCUGCUGCCGGUGCCAGUGCUAUGGAUACAAGUGACAUAAUGGUAGACACCAGAAAAUGUUUGGUUGACAAUUGCGGUGGUUGUUCUGGAUCAGGGACAGUGUGGUUGCAAAAGACUCAAGCUUGCAGUCAGCUCCUACGGACAUUCAUGAAUAAGGCCAGCAAGCCUUUUCCCAACUUACACAACACCGUCGCAUUCUACAGCAGCACAAAUACCAACAGCAUGGUCCACCAUUUGGCCUGUGAACAAGGCAACAUCUGUAUUGAGACAAUCCCUCUCUAUGCGGUCAUUGAGCCUCUUCUUGACUCCAAGUACAAUGUUAAAGAGAGUGAAACGGUAAAGGAACUGCUCUUUGGUGGAGAUGACAAUCCUUCCCCUCUGAUGGAACUCUUGGAGCAAGAACUUGCAAUGAGAGCCUCGGGUAAAGUCAUCGUGUUUCUGGAGACGGACAAAGAUGUUGAUGUUCUUCGAAAUGUCCUCAAGAUUCUGAUGAUUUACAACAACAAAAUAGACAACGUUGAAUUGUAUAUCAGCAAGAAUAUGACAGAAACCAAGAUUUCUGCAUCUCUGAGAAGGAAGUUGAAUGUAUGGAGCAGCAGCACUUGCCCUCGCUUUAGCCGGGUUGCUGUAACCCCUUUCUCUAUAUCAAAAAUCCCAGCAGAAAAGUUACGUCGCAGUGCGGAAAAAAGCAAAGCAAGAAAUGAGCGUAAAAUUGCAGCUCAAAAUUGGGAGAUAGACUGGUUAGAGAGUCUGUAAUAUUUGAUAUUAAACAUGAUUAGGAAGUUGUUAUAAAGAUUAUAAGAUCAUA